AUGACCGCCGUACAACAUCAACACCUUCCACCGCUCACCACAGACGAACAGGACAUGGAGAACGUGGAGAACUUCACUGACCUCAGAAACAACAUCUCAAAUACUGGAGAAAGACUCACAGACCAGAACUGGCAAAGCUGCAGGGGUCCUCCAAUGACUCUGGAACAUCUGGUCGUCGAAAUCCAUCACCACGGCAACAAAGCUACGACUCUAUAUGUCAGUGGACAUCCCCACAGCGACCUACGCCUGUGA